AUGUACUUCGCUGUUGAAGCAUGCACUAAGGGUGAUGACAAUACUGUUGGAGAGCUAAUAAAAAGGGGGGUGGGGGCUGAUGCAAAUCUCCGAGGCUUAAGAAUAUUACCACUAAUAAAAGCAUGUAAUUGUAGACAUCUAAGUAUUGUGAAGAAGCUUUUAAAUGUAGAUGCUGAUGUCAAUCUUGUCGAUAUUACAGGAAACACACCACUGAUAACUGCAUCUUCCCAUGGUGAAAACAUGAUCGUAGGGGAAUUGACAAAGGCGGGAGCAAAUGUCAAUCUCCACGACCACACAGGAAAUACACCACUGAUUACUGCAUGUAGGGCCAGAGACGUUAAAUUGGUGAGAGAUCUUGUAAAGGUUGGGGCUAACGUCAACCUGCAAGAUCAAACAGGGAAUGUACCACUGUAA